AAGCAAAGGGCCACACCCCAAACCCAAAGCCAUGCCGAAUAGGAUGCAAAGCAAAGUCAUACAAACAUAUCAUCUCCAACUUGCUUUCACAUUAUCACCUCAUUAUCAUCACAUCACACGCUCUUUCUUUCUAAUUUCUUUCUUUAUAUGCACAGCACAACUAACUAAGUUACAAAGAACACAACACAACAUAUAGGUGUUGUUGUUUGUUUGUUUGUUUCAUGGCAAAUCCUCGUGAAGCUAACCACCACCCAGAUGCUUUUCAUGUAUCUGGUCCUCGUAACUUAACUUCCCUUAAUUGGAGAGACCUUAUCAUUUCUAGUUGGAAGGAUGCAAAGUACAAACGAACUGUCAUUGCCUGUUUUAUACAAGCAGUGUACUUGCUUGAACUUGAUAGGCACGAGAAAAGAACACAGGACAAUGCUCUAGCUCCGAAUUGGUGGAUCCCCUUCAAGUACAAGCUCACAAAAACUUUAAUUGAUGAACGAGAUAAAUCCAUUUUCGGCGCAAUACUUGAAUGGGAUCAGUCCGCAGCAAUGGCUGACUUAGUACUAAUUAGACCAAGUGGUGCUCCUAGAGCUGUUUUAGUACUCCGAGGAACAUUACUCAAAAGUCCUACAAUGCGAAGAGACAUUGAAGAUGACCUCCGUUUCGUUGCUUGGGAAAGCCUGAAAGGGUCUGUCCGGUUUAAAGUGGCAUUGGAGGCGCUAAAAUCAAUUUGUGAUGCAUAUGGAAGUGGUAAUGUAUGUAUUGCAGGACAUUCCUUAGGGGCUGGUUUUGCUCUUCAAAUAGGAAAAGAACUUGCAAAACAAGGAAUCUUUGUAGAGGCACAUUUAUUCAAUCCACCUUCUGUUUCACUGGCCAUGAGUCUAAAAAAUAUCGGAGAAAAAGCUGAAUAUGUUUGGAGUAGAGUUAGAUCUAUACUUCCUUAUGGUAAGGAAGCUCAAGUUGUUGGUAAGGACGCUCAAGUUAACAACGAUGGGGAAAAGACCACAGUUGCUGGAUCGAAGACUUGGAUGUCUCGAUUUUCAGGUUCUGGUUUGAAGGAUGCUAGUGUUGUUAGCACGAUAAAAUGGAUUCCUCAUUUGUAUGUUAACAAUAGUGACUAUAUAUGUUGCUAUUACAAUGACCCUAAUGGAACAGCGGAGAAAGUGGUUGAUAAGGAUAAUGUGAGUGGACAAGUUGCAGCGAAAUUGUUUGUUGUGUCAAAGGAAAAACAGAAAUUUCUCGAGGCUCACGGAUUGGAACAAUGGUGGUCAAGUGAUGCAGAACUUCAACAAGUUAUUCAUAACAGUAAACUCAUAAGUAGACAACUUUCAUCGCUAUACACUUCUACUCCUUCCCAAGUAGUAACAAGGGUUAUGCAAGUGUUAUAGAUGAAUUGCAUUGGAUUCGAUACAUUGCACAAUAUCUCAAAUUUUCUAUCUUAAUAAUGAAACAUGUUUGGCUUGUAUUCAAACCUUGUAACAUGUUCUUGUAUCAUCUCAUAGUUGAUGUGUGGAAUACAAAUUCAAAAUUGUUAUUUUCA